UCAUGGCGUUGGAGUCGCUGCCGUGGGCGCCGUUCGUGGUCAUGGCCACGGUGGGCGGGGUGGCCGCGUUCUUCUUGGAUUUGCUCGUGUUUUACCUGUCGUAUAGCUUUACGAGCCGCCACUGGUUUUUCAUCUUUGUGGGCACGUUCGUCAUGGCCGUGAUCGACGAAGUGACCAAGUACAUUGCGUACAUUGGGUCUGUGCGCCGCGAGAUGAAGGAGCAAUUGUCCCGCGAGUGCAUUUGCUGGCUCAUGGUGCGCGCGGCUGCGGGGUACUCAAUCCUCCUUGCAUUGGUCCUGGUCAUUUACGCGUCGCUAUACGGCGACGAAAGCCAGCUGCCGCUGUACAUUCCGUUCAUAUUGCUGGACAUUGUCAACAUCGUGUCGUGCAGUGCCAUCACUGGCACGUGGCUGUACGUCCGCAAGCACCACAAACAUGCGACGCACCACACCGUGCCCACGCAAUUGGAAGAUCUUUGCAUGGACAGCGUCAUUGGUCCUGCGAUUCUGCUGCGCUAUCUGUACUACAUGGCCGCGUUUGCGUUUGUGUUCAUGGGAGAUGACCCCACCACAGAAAUCGUCGUGUACAUUGGUAUCAAUUUGGUCUACGCCAUAUUUGUCGGUGCCAUGGUCGCGCUGUCCUUUCGCUUCUUGAAACCUGCCGCCUCAAGCCAAGCCACCGAGAGUGACACUAGGGAAACGUAUGACCGCACCGGUCUUGAAGCGGCUAUGGUUGUGUUCCCCGACGGAUCCAAGGCAUGACGGAAAUGCGAUCACGGAUGUAGCAAAUCUACCUGUAGUCGUUGUCGAGUGAGUGUAUGAAAUAGUAUCUUGCGUUCGUG